UCAAGAUAGGAAGCAAUUUGUCAACAACAAAAAUAAAAAUAUGUGUAUAUAUAUAUAUAUAUACACACAUGCAGAGAGAAGCGCACUCACAGGAAUGAACAACUAGCUCAAUGUCCUUGAUAGCCUGUCCUACAGGAAUAGAACUUUCCUGUAGUAUAUCAGUCUGAUCCCGCCUAUUACGGUCAGUCAGGCCCAGACUGGCUAUAGGGCAUGCCGGGCAAAUGCCUGGUGGGCUGCCGGUCCCUUAGCCCCCCCUUCUGAACGGAUCAUUUAGCCCCACCCCUGACUGGAUCCCUUAGUCCCGCAAACUGGCUGGAUCCCUUAGCCAUGCCCACUGGCCGGAUCCCUUACCCACACCCACCAUCCGGUCUCUUAACCUCACCCAGCAUUCAUAUACACACAGCAGCAUAGAGCCCUGUCACACUCUCCAACCACCAGCCAAUGAGGAGGGAUGUUGCACGUAAUACUCCUCCCAUCCACCACACGAGGAGUUUACCUUCGGAAGGAACAUGGAUGGUAAUGAUAAGUGUGUGAAACAGCGUGCACAGAUCCCAGUCUUUCCCAUUGAACUAAACUCUGCAGUACCACAGUGAUGUCUCCUGUGGGAGGCGUCUGAUCCACACCAGUUUUUAAGCAGCACUCUCCUUCUGUUCACAUUCAAAGCUCUGGGCUAUCUCUCUAUAUCUCUCUUGACAAGUCUUCCCCUCCAAGACUAAGGAACAAGUUCAACCAAAUCUUUUGCUCUUGAGCAGUUGAGAAAACUGAGAUGGGAUUCUGUGACCAGUUCUGCAUAAACAAGGAUUAAAUACAUUGUGGGAUUUUCUUCUAUGUUCAAGCAGCGGCUUUACAGUUGAGUUAAUGGAUUUCAGAAUAUUGAUCAUUUUGGGACUUGCUAUUACACCUAACACAGGCUUUGCCCUGGCAUCUCUGCCCCAGCCAACGGGUGGCAAAUUCAAUCUCCAGCUAAAGGAUGGGGCAAGAAAAGCAGGAAGGGGAGAAAAGGAGGUUGCGCCACCCCUGCAGCAGUCUGGGGGGUAUAUUCCCUCGGGACCAGCAUCACCAGGCCCCCAGGGUACCCCAAUCCCUGGAUAUGAACAAAGGAAUCAAACCUCAGAAUUGGAAUCAGAUUCAGGUGGAGCUCACAGGAGAGACAAACGCUGUACAUGUUACACUUACAAAGACAAGGAAUGUGUCUAUUACUGUCAUCUGGAUAUCAUAUGGAUCAACACACCUGAAAGGACAGUACCAUAUGGACUUUCUAGUUACAGAGGGCGUUUCAGAGGGAAGCGGUCGAUAGAAAAGACUCACAGCAGCUCAGAGGGAAAGGCUCGGUGCUCCUGUAUAGAUCUCACAGACCAGCAGUGCGUCAGUUUCUGUGCUCGUAGGAAAAGCAAAAGAUCUUCACAGAAAAAGACACAGUCAGCCAGCAAAUUAAAGCAGAUGCAGAUACAUGCUGUGGCAUGAAACCCUCUGCCCUGGUGUGCAGCCUGCAGCCAACAGGUUUUCAAGAUGUUGACUUGGACAACUAAGUUACAGUGGAACUCUUGAUUAAUGGUCUAGCACAUUAGCUAUUGGCUGACUUGCAGAAUAUGGACAAUUUCAGCCCCUGAUGAGCAUCACAUGUUUUAGUGAAGGCCUAAGAGACUUUAUAAAAGUUUAUUGUUCAAAAGAGACGUCUUUACCUCAUUUAAACUGCAUGGAGAAGACAAGAGAUUUCAGUCUUUGUGUUUUUUAUUCACAACGAAAGAAAGAAGGUGGAAAAAGAAGUGUUCUGAUCAUAUUUAACUUCAGUGGUUUUAGGCUUUAGAAAUCAAACACAUGAAAUAUAUAUAUAUAUAUUUAACCCCCUCACUGCCAGGAGGCAUUUGUGUAUUGAUGAAAAUACUCUGGUGCUGAAAGUGUUAAAUCCAGUUACAUUCAACUAUUUUUGCCAGCCCAGGAAUUAAAUAGAGAAAUAUUUUUUUAAAAUUUGUUUUUGUCUGUUUCCGUUUAAAUUAGUUAUUUUAAUGUAUAUGCACAGUUUUCUUAAAAAACAAACAAAAAAUACAAAACAACUUUAUAUUGUGCAGCAUUGACAGUCAGCUGAUCAAAAGUAGAAAAUCAUCCAUGUUGCUUCAGCACAACCCAAGUACAGGUACAGCUAAACUGGUCUAAUCCCUUGUGCAGGGCCGGAUUAACCUCAGGAAACCACUCUCCCUUACGUGCCAAACACACACACAAAUAUAUAUAUAUAUAUAUAUAUAUACACACAUAUACACACACACAAACAUAUAUGUAUGUAUCUGCUGUGUGUUUGUAUGUGUGCAUAUAUAUAUAUAUAUAUAAAUAUAUAUAAAUGUGUAUACAAACACACAAACAUAUAUAUAUAUAUAUAUGCAUACACACACACAAAGGUAAUAUAUGUAUGUAUGUAUAUAUAUAUAUAUGUAUAUAUAUAUAUAUAUAUAUAUAUAUAUAUAUAUAUGUCGUAUAUACAUGCAUUCACUGGUCUUAUUACAGUCCAAAAACAUUUAUUGGGAAAUAUAUCUUACAUAAAAAAUUAGUGAUGUUGCGGUACACAUUUAUCCCUUCAUUAGGCAAACCGUAUAUGUAUUUACAGACAACUAAAAUAGUGUAACACAAAUUGUAACCCACCAAUCACAAAUAUGAUGCAAAUAGUAAUGCUGAAACGGCUGGGUGGGUUGAUCCUUUGUGCAUAACUAAUCGGUAGAGGAGACUUUUUAUUGCUACGUAAACGAGCAGCACCUCCACAUCCAAAACUAAGUUGUUGUAGAUAACACAGAGAAUAUAGAUACCCAAUGUCACAAAUUUUUGGACAGCCUCAGUAACUUGUGAAUAAACAGUGAACACCUAAACAUGCAUUGAAGGCAAAUAAUAACACAAGGUUUGCAAACCUUAUUUAUAAAGACAUUAUUAAAUGAAGUCAGGGUUAUGUUACAAGCAGAGAUAAUUAAAUGACUCUAAACUGUUGAUAUGUAGGGAGUAACAUACUUUUAAAGGACUGAUGCCUUAAAAUAAAUAGCACUCAUGAUCUUGAAUUUUGGUGCUCUAACAUCAUUUGAAUUCUAGGGGUAAUCCAAUGAGUACUUUUAGUUUUAAUUCACUAUUUCUAUGAUAUUUGUCACUGGUGGGUUACAAUUGGUCUUACGCUAUUCAUGUUUUCUGUCUAUACAUAUGUGUUUUGUCUGAUGAAGGGUUGAAUGUGCCCCAAAAGGUCACUUUUUAUGUAAAAUAUAUGUCCCAAUAAAUAUUUUUGGAUUGUCUUGUA